AUUUUGUUACCAAAAACCCAAGAAUGCGUUCGUUUCCUUGUGUUUAUUUACAUUGUUUAGUUUCGGUUCUAAAAUAAUUUUUACGGUUUUCGUAGAAGAUCUCACCAAAGUGAUUAACUUUAAAACAUUCAGCUGUAAAUCUACAUUAUAUUAGAGCAAUUUUUGACAAAACACUUUUAUAAUGUAGAUAAAGUAAAUGUUCCGUGCAUCCAUGAAGAAAGAAUACUCGAGAUGUUACCUUUUCUACGUUCUAGUCCAGGUUUUAUUCAUUAUUCACAUUUCCGCCGAAAACCUUCUGUCAGCUCAGAAUCCGAUACUUUUAUACACCACCACAUCUGACGUCCGCGUUGCAGACACAUCUUCGUCAUUAAAACAAUCUAAGAAUAAAGGAAAAACAAACGUUCUAAUACCAAAUGUUUCCGACGGGAUGUUAGAUUUUAAUUAUGGUUUAAAAAAGUUAUGUUGGUCUAAUAGCCAUGAUGAAACGAUUCAGUGUGGCGAUUUCAAUGGAUUUGAAGUUAAAAAUAGAGAGGUAGUUAUUCCAGAUGCUCCAAUUACACAAGGAUUGGCCUGCGACUGGUACACUAAUAAAUUGUAUUGGACUGAUAGCGAUAAGGAUCACAUUGAGGUUACUACAAUGAGUAAACCUUUCUAUAGGAAGGUUUUAUAUUGGACUGACAUCGAUCAACCUAGAGCUAUUGUUGUAGCUCCAAGUAAAGGUUUAUUAUUUUGGACGGAUUGGGGCGAAGUUCCAAAGAUAGAACGCGCAAGCAUGGACGGUAAUCCAAAUUCCCGUCAAAUAAUAGUUAACGAAAGGUUAUAUUGGCCCAAUUGUUUAACUAUUGAUUACGAAGCUGAGUUAAUUUAUUGGGCUGAUGGUAAUCAUAGAAAAAUAGAACGGAUGGAUUUUAAUGGAGAGAACCGAAAAGUUAUCAAAAACUCUUUGACUUAUCCCUAUGGUGUAACCAAGUUCCAAAAUAGACUUUAUUGGACAGAUUGGAAAACAAGUGUUAUUUAUGUUGACGAUGAAAUGGAUGUUAAAGAAUUUUUGAAAUUGGACCCUGUUCCUAGUGAUAUUCACGUUUGGGACUCAUCUGUGCAAGUCUACAAUCAAAAUCCUUGCGAGUUUAAUAAUGGGGGAUGUUCACAUCUUUGUUUAUUGUCUUCAAGCGCCUUAGGGUAUAGUUGUGGGUGCCCCAGCGGGGUUAAAUUAAUAACAAACACAACGUGCGCCGAUGGACCUAAAGAGAUCUUAGUUUUGGCUAGAAGAAGUAACAUUUGUUUAGUGUACUUAGAUUCGCCUGAGUACACUUACGUAACUUUAAAUUUAACUCACAUGAAUUUUUUGAUUGGAGUUGAUUAUGAUCCCGUUGAGCAGUUCAUCUAUUGGACUGACGAUGAUUUACCGAAAAUACAGAAAGUAAAACUCGACGGAAGUGAACAACAAGAUGUUAUUUCAUAUGAACUUUUUCAUCCUGAUGGUGUAGCUAUAGAUUGGGUGGCUAGAAAUUUAUAUUGGGCAGAAGCUGGUUUUGAUAGAAUAGAAGUUGCUACUUUAGAUGGAAAAUAUAGAAAAAUUAUUAUUGCCAAUGGUUUAUAUGAGCCAAGAGCCAUUGCUGUUAGUCCAGAAUUAGGUUGGAUGUUUUGGUCAGAUUGGAGCGAAAAGAAUCCAAAAAUUGAAAGAGCUAAUUUAGAUGGAAGUGACAGGACUGUUAUUGUGACAAGUAAUCUAACUUGGCCCAAUGGAAUCGCUUUGGAUGUUGAAAAAAUGAGGCUUUAUUGGUGUGAUGCUAAAACACAUAAGAUUGAGUACACAAAUAUGGAUGGAAGUAACAGAAUCGUUUUAUUGGACACUGAUUUGAAGCAUCCUUUUGGGUUCACUUUGUUGGGAGAGUUUUUGUAUUGGACAGAUUGGCAUCAGAGAUCUAUUGAUAGGGUUCAUAAAGAUACAGGUACCUCUCGCGAACGAAUAGUUGAUCAAAUCUCGGAUGUGAUGGGUUUAAAAGCAAUUCAAAUAGACAAAAUAACCGGUACGAACCCGUGCGGGCGCAACAACGGAAAUUGUUCUCAUUUCUGCCUCUAUCGUCAUGAUAAAACCGCCGUUUGCGAUUGCCCCAUCGAAUAUGAUUUAUCAAAAGACGGCAAAACUUGUUAUAUCCCCGAAGCGUACUUUUUCUUCUCCACAAACGGCUCAAUUGGACGUGUGGACAUUGAGAGACAACUGGAAGUUAUAUUACCAAUCAAAAGUGUUAAAUACGCAAGUUCUAUAGAUUUUGAUUACGAUAACUAUCAAAUUUAUUGGACAGAUAGUAAACAAAAAACCGUUAUGAGAGCGUUUAUAAACGGUUCAGAUCCCCAACGUGUUGAAGAGUUGGGUUUAAUAGCUCCAAAUGGAAUUGUUGUGGAUUGGGUUAGCCAUAACGUGUACUGGUCCGAUUCCAUAGCCCAUAAAAUUGAAGUGGCCAGGGUUCCAGGAACGAGCAGGCGGGUUUUGUUGUGGGAAAACAUUCAAGAACCGUACAGCAUAGCUUUGGAUCCGCAAAGAGGAUAUAUGUAUUGGUCUGAAUGGGGGAAUUCAAAAUGUUUAAAAAGAUCGGCGAUGGACGGCUCCGAUCCGAAAAUUUUCAUUCAAAAUGUAAACAACGCUUAUGGACUUAUUGUCGAUUUUAAAACAAAGAGGUUGUUUUGGAUGGAAACCUCAACGCCCGCUUUAUUAUCGUCAGAUUUUAACGGUUUAAACAGAAACGCGGUGGUGAAAGAUAUGAUAUUUAAGCCUCAAGGAUUGGCAAUGUAUAACAAUUUUAUUUAUUGGAGUAAUACGACUUCAGAAGAACUUUGGAAGACUUCGUUGAGUGGCGAAAAGUCUCCAGUUGUUAAAUUGUCCGAACCGGCAACUGAUAUUUCAAUUAUAUUCAAACCAAAUCAGAAAAUUACUAAUAAUUGUGGAGUUAAUAACGGGGGUUGUAAACAUUUAUGUUUAGCUGUACCUUCAACUAAUAAGCUUGAAACCGUUAGUUACACCUGUGCUUGUCCAACUCAUUAUGUUAAAACGAAUCAGACGUGUUUACCACCUGAAAAGUUCAUAAUUUAUAGUCAAAAAAAUUUGGUAGUUCGACUUUUACCAGAUAGCCAAACGGAUUGUUUAGAAGCCGUUUUACCUAUUCACGGACUUAAAAACGUUAAAUCGAUUGAUUUUGAUCCUGUGAAACAAUAUUUAUAUUGGAUUGAAGGUAAAACCCUUUCUAUAAAAAAAAUCGACAUUAAUGCGAAUAGAGAUCAGUCACCAAAAACGGUGGUGGCUUCAGAUCCUGAUAUAAGACCUUUCGAUUUGGCUGUGGAUGUGUUUGGACAUUUGCUGUUUUGGACGUGUGCGGCUAAAGACGUUAUAAAUAUUACUAGAAUGAAUAGUACGUUUGUAGGUGUUAUUGAAAAGAAGGACGAGAAACCUAGGUUGAUAGCGAUACACCCAUCAAAAAGGUUAUUAUUUUACACCGACGAUAGAGAUAACUUUACACAAAUCAUAAGAACCAGAUUAGACGGAACCCAUAGAUUAAUAAUAGGAAAAUCAAAAGCUCGUGAAAUUCCAGCAAUCGCCAUUGACAUCGAAAAUGAUUUCGUAGUUUGGGUUGAUGGAUUAGAUAUUUGGAUGGGUAACAUCGACGGAGACAAUAAUUACAAAGUUACUAGUGAAAGCAAAUCAAAAAUCAACGCAUUAACUGUCCACACUGGAUGGCUUUAUUGGCUCGACCGAACAAUCAAUCAACUUCAAAGAAUUGAAUUAUCAACUGGUAAUUCUCGAUCGACCGUUUUAAACUAUGACUCGCACAUCUUAGACUUGGUUUCGGUCACUCAACCGGACACAAAACAUAAUUGCGCUACACUAAGUUGUUCCCAUUUAUGUGUUAUCGACGGUGGAUCCACUGCGGUUUGCACUUGCCCGCCAGGUUUGAUUUUAAAAAAAGAUGACAAUCAAACUUGUAUUGUACUUCCGGGUUGUAUGAGCGGUCACUUCACGUGCGCAUCUCCCGAACCCGGAACAGGUAACGGGUGUAUACCAACCAGUUGGAGAUGUGACAACACCAAAGAUUGUUCAGACGGCUCGGACGAAAUGGAUUGUCCGGUCUGUAAAAAAGAUGAGUAUAAAUGUAAAAAUUUACAGUGCAUUUCCCAAAGAAAAGUUUGUGACGGUGUUAGUGACUGUAAAGAUGGUUCAGAUGAGGAACAAUGUUGUAAACAUAAUCAGUAUCAGUGUCCUCAAACAGACGCUUGUAUUUCGAUUUCUUCGCUAUGCGACGGCAUUGAACAUUGUUCGAACGGCGAAGAUGAAUCUAAGUCGGUAUGUAAAGACGCGAGUCAAUUUAUUGCGUCCCCAAAAUCGAGUUCUAGUGUAAUAACAGUGGGUGUUUUAACGAUCGUUUUAAUAGUAUUGUUAUUAGUUGGAAUUUUUUAUUUCCUUCGGCGGAAAUGCGACGAUAUUGAAGCCCCAUUAGAUCAAAUUGAAGAUUUAUUAACUCAACGCCCCCACGGUUCCCAUAAAAAUCCUAAACUACAAAAAACCAUCCCGGAUGUUGUUGGAAUGUCGAUGCUUAACACGUCCUCCCACCUUUCCUCCUAUGAUCGUAACAACAUCACAGGAGCUUCUUCAAGUACCAACGCUUCAAGCAUAGGCUGUUAUCCCAGAGAGACUUUAAAUCCCCCUCCUAGUCCUGCGACGACUGGUAUUUCAACUAGGGCGAGUAAUCCGAGGUACCGCCCAUACAGGCAUUAUAGGGCAAUAAAUCAACCUCCGCCGCCGACACCGUGUUCGACGGAUGUUUGCGACGAGAGUGAUUAUAACUAUCCCGUCAGUAGGAAUAGGUACGAUGGUGCGUUUCCGCCACCUCCUACGCCUCGAUCGCAUUGUCAAAGCGAAAGUUGUCCGCCGUCGCCAAGUUCCAGAUCGUCAACCUAUUUUAGUCCCUUACCUCCGCCUCCAUCACCAGUAACAGCGCCCCCAAAGAGGUACGAUUCAUAGUAAAUCAUAAUAAAUCCUAUACAACAUUGAUUUUGUCUUGUUUAAAAACAAAUGGAAAGAACCAUUGUGCCUAAGAAAUGCAAUUGUAAAUACUUGUAACAAUGCAUAGUUCUACUAACUAAAUGACUCUUAAAUUAGAUGCUAGUGAUUAACUAAUUCGACAAAAUUCACUGCAGUGAUAAAUCAGAAGCGUCAGAUUUAGUUACCAUUUUGUUAGUAGUUAUCACUAUGUAUAUUGUCUAUUUUUAGUACAUAGUGUAUGUUUUAUAAGUGAGUUUAGAACUUUUUACUGUUAACUAAAAUGUAUAUAGAGAAAAAAUAUAUUGAUAUUAUUAAAA